GGCUUCUCCGAGCUCUUCACCUGCACUCGACAACAAACACCAGCAGAGCUUCCGCCGAAGUGCAGAUUAUUUAUUCUGUCACGUGAGAAGGCCUGUGUAUUGUUACCUUGUUGCAGCGAGCUAUAAUUGAGCGCCGCACCAUGCAGCCUGUCGCGACGACCAAGGGCAAGCUCACACAGCUCAGGUACGAGCUCCCACAGCGCGUCCACGAAGCUACCAUCUACCCCGUCAAAGCUCCCAAUGGCUCCACCAUCCUCCUCUACGCGCACGACACAGGUGUCAGCGUCGUCUGGAGGGGAGGCAGGCCGCUGAAGAAGGCUGCGCCGCCUCCCAAGCAGGCGCCAAAGCCACAGAACGUCAACGGAAGCAAUGAUGCAAUAAUGAUCAUCGACUCGGACGACGACGAGCCCGCGAAAGCCCCUGCGCAGGCCGUGCCCCAGGCCGAGUUCGAAGACGAAGAGGAGGAGCUUGACCCAGACCAGCCGUAUCCGUCAGUCGUGCAGCAAGUCAGACUCUCCUUUAACACAGGAGUGCUGCACAUUGCUGUGCCUCAAGUACCGACGGCCACUGCACUGCGACCUGCGGAGUCAAUACCCGCGAUAUUUGGCAAGAAACUCGUCUUCACUGCUACCUGCACCGACUCGACCAUUCGCAUCGUCACCCUGCCGCUAAGUCCCCCACCAAACUCGGCUAAGGAAAGGCCAGUGAAUGGAGGCUCGCAAUUCGGCGAGGAGAUUGUCAGAUUCCACGGGCAUCAAAGCAUUGCGCGAGGUGUGACCAUGACCUGGACGUCGAGAGGAGAGCCGAGCGCGAAGCACGAGUCCGACGAUGAGAUGGAAGUGGAUGUGCAAGGCCCCGCUGGUGCAACACCAGGGCGGCGGCGCAGGACGCAGCAAAGCCGCUCACGAGCACCGACUGUGGCCGGAUUCGACAUUCUGGUCGCGACUCACUCGGCUGAAGUCGGGGGUCUGUUCAAGAUCUGGCGCUUCGAACUGACUGAGACCUCGGUCAACGGCGCACACCCAAUCGUGCCCUACAAGACAGUAACCCUACGCAAGCCUGCCUCGAGGAUUGCGUUCAACACUGCACAGUAUCCAAAGCGUCGCCACGCCCAGCUCCUCAUCACUGAUCUCACAGGCACCGCGCGCAUCUACGACCCGUUCACGCCCGCCAGUCGCAAGCGCAGUGCAGGCGGCCAGACCGAGCCCGGUGCAUUCAUCACGACCUUCAAGUCUUCGUUCGAGAGCAUGAAGAGCAACUCACUCACGCCUGCUAUUCUCGCUACUCGCAAAGCAAUCCUGGACGCGGCCUGGGUGUCUGAUGGGCGGCAUAUCCUGGCACUCUUAGCGGACGGCGAGUGGGGCGUGUGGGAUUGUGACAAGUCGGGGCCCAAUCCUCCAACCGACCCUGCGUCCUUUUCCCUGCGCGGCUUCAUAGGCACAGUCGACAAAGAAGCAAGUAAUGGCCCCUCCAGUCCAAAGCGCGGCGGUCGGAACUCACUUGCGCCAAUGACGCCCAACACGCGCCGCAGGAAGGAGGACCAUCUCUUCCACGGCAGCGCGUCUGGCAUCGCUGUGCCCACGCGUGGAGGUGUUUCUGUCGCCUCGUUGGUCUCGUCGAACGGCACUGUGUCUGAGGAUUCGGUCGUUCUCUGGUACGGCUCGGAGGUGUACAGGAUAGCAGACCUGACCAAGUUCUGGACUCGCAACGCCUCUGCAUCUCGUGGACAGUCUCUGCCUGGACCGGGCGUCACGCAGAUCUACGACAUCCCACUGCUUGGCGAGUCCAUCUCCUCGAUCGUACAGUUCGACACGACCGCUGCGGCGACACGGAUGGCCAUCGGGCGAGACAUUUUGAUUGCAGCAGAACACCGCCUCAUAAUCUCCGCCAGCACGAACCAGCCUCAGGAUCGGGACUUGUUCGCUCCAACGCCCGCAGAAGAGGAGGCCAGCAGAGUGGCUGAUCAAGUACUGCUCACGCGUGGCGAGCUCGACAUUGGCGGCAUGGACAGGCUGCUCGAGGACCUGGAGGGCGGCGGCAAGGGGCCGAAGACGCUGACGAUGGGCAACCCGAGGAAGGUGCUGUUCGCCUCGUCUGCUGCAUGAGACAGGAGUGUUCACUGUAAGAUUUAAUGAUAUCCCAUGCCGUUUCCUUGGUCUUAUCUCUUCGUUGUUCUUUUUCUCAACACCUCGCGGCCACAGGUGGAGCUCAGCGACCAGACCCAUUCCUGCUGCUCAGUAUAGCCUCGCGAAAGAUUGAAAGUGCUGCAGUCGCCGACGCCCUAGUAUCCUGCGGGAGAAGACAGGGAUCUGGAUAGCUGUAGGACGUGCACGCUCCAUCGUACGUUGCGGUCGUGUCUGAGCCACUCCUAAGGGAUGUCAGGUGAGGACGACGUGACAGCGCGUGCGGCAGGCGGCACCUUCCGUGGAAACGCGAGAGUGUCGUCUGUUAGGAAGGCGUGCGACAAGACUGAUGCAGUGAUAGUUGU